AUGAAGGAACCGGAAGUGAAUUUAUCUCCUCAUUGCCCAGCUUCAAUAGACGACCAUAACUCAAGCACCAACAGUUCAUGGCAGAAGCAGGAUUUACACCAGUCGUAUGUUGCGGGUUCGGCUACAUGCUCGAAGCACGUACACGCUCAGCCGCAAGCUACCGAACAUUCAACGCCGUUGUUCCGCGCCGCUAAGGAGAUCUACCAAGCAGGUCCUAAGGGCGAGGGGCAGAAAGUGUGGGAAGCGUAUCAGCAGGCACGUAAUCAUAGACGAGCUAACGAUGAACCAUCUCAGAACAUGUCAUCUGAACCAACGACUAGGAAAAUAAAUACAGCAUGCCUACCUCUUCCAUCAUCAACAAGCCCCAAUGAAGCACUCUUCCCACCACUACGACCACGGACACUACAAAAUCAAAGCGGACGCAAAGAAAAGGAAUCUGGGAGUCCGGAUCUGAGAAGAGACUUCGGCUUCUCCAGCUCGAGCUAUGACGUGCCUGUAGCUAUUCAUAAGCAUGUACAACGCAUUGUCGAUUUGAACAAACCUCUUCCUUCUGUUCCACAGAUACAAGCGCCUCCAAAGGUACGAAAUCCCAAGGACAGAACAUCACGAGAUGCUCAACAGUGCACUGAGAAAGAGACGGCUCAUACGUGGUGGAAGCAUUCGCCUUCUAAGGCACCUCAAACCUUGAAGUCCAAGAUCUCUCAUCCUGGUCCACUAAUGAUAUCGGGCGAAGGUAUCGCAGUCAAUGUCGCUGCAGAGUGCGGUGGAGUUGGCGGACCUGCAGCUGCCGUGUCACUUCCCGUUACGCGCACCGGCGCUCCGUUACCUCGACCGCCUAGCAUCCAUGAGAGGAAGAAAGAGGACAGGCGGCCUUCGCCACGAGCUUUUCACUUCCCGACAAUUCACCUUAGCCCCUCGAAGAGAAUUGGCAAGGGUAGUGAGAAAGAAAAGGUAGACGAAAGGGAUGAUUCUUACACAAUACAUUGGCGCGAGAGACUUGUAGGUCCUGCGUACGAAGCUGGUAAGUCCUUCAAGCAAACGGCUAUGGAGACUCUAGACGGUGUACAUGUAGGGAAGAAGAGGAAAACUUCGGAUAUCAGCUUCGCGUGCCAAGGAGUAGCGAACGAACAGCUGGACAGGUAUCAAGUCAGCGAACAGUCAUCGAGCGAUGAGGAGGAUGUGUUGGUUCCUGAUCCGCUUUUUUACGCUAAAAAUGCCGGAAUGGACAGGAAGUUCAGUUAG